AACGGGACUCCAGAUGGGCGUGCAAUCGGAUCUCAGGCUGAAAAGGAAUGCGCCGAAGUCCUGCCAGUCUCCCUUGCACGCUGGCUCGGGAGGAAGCCCUAAACACAUCCAACGGCUUCCUCCCCGCAGCCCCCCCCCCCCGGGAAGCGUGCGCCUGCCAUGUGCGCCUGGCUCCGCUCUAGGUUGGGACCGACCGAGGUGGGCAGGCAGGCAGGCAAACGCCGCUGCGGAAGCGCCGCCAACUCCCCCAGGCAGACUCUGGAGCGGGAAGGGACUGAGCCGGAGCCAAGCCAGAAGGGACCAGAGGUGGGUUGAUGCCUGAGAAGGAGGGAGGGACGAGAGAGGAGGAGGCGGGGGCCAGCCUGGGCGCUCCCCCUAUAAAGGCGGCUCUGCCCGGGCUGGGGUGCUGCAUUCUUGCCUGUCGCUGCUGCAGGAUCAGCCUCCUUCUGGCAACGGAUGGUCCUCGCCGGUGGAUCUACUCGCAAGGAGGGAAACCCGUCACGUGGGGAGAGGAGGGGGUGGUCGCGGAGGAAAGAAAGCAGCGCCAGGCGAUUGGCAUUCCGGCGCCGCGGCUGAGCCGGCAGCUGGCGGAGGAGAGAAGCGGAGAUCAGCCCCGAGAGGAGGAGCCUCCAUCUAGCUCGGCGCCGCCAGCGCGGGGCUCCACGGCCCGCCGCCUGCCAGGCACCCCGAGCUUCCCGCCGGCCGCCUGCCCUUCCUCGCGCGGAAGCGCCGCCGCUUCCAGACCGCGGGAGACCCAGCUUGGGCUGCCGGGGCUGCGAGAGACCCAUCGCCGCCGCCGCCGCCGCCCGGAUCCCGGGAUGGGGACCCGGGAGCUGUCCGUGGUGCUGAUCCUCGCCGGGGGACUCGUGCACGUGUCCCUGCAGGGAGAGUACCAGAGGAAACUCUACAAGGAACUCCUGAAGAAUUACAACCCUUUGGAAAGGCCUGUGGCCAAUGACUCCCAGCCGCUCACUGUCUCCUUCAGCCUCAGCCUCAGGCAAAUCAUGGAUGUGGAUGAAAAGAACCAAGUUUUAACCACCAACAUUUGGCUACACAUGUACUGGACAGACUACUAUUUACAGUGGAAUAUGUCAGAAUAUCCUGGAGUGAAGAACGUCCGUUUUCCUGAUGGCCAGAUAUGGAAGCCGGAUAUCCUUCUAUAUAACAGUGCCGAUGAGCGCUUUGAUGCUACAUUUCAUACCAAUGUUUUGGUGAACUCGUCAGGAUACUGCCAGUAUCUCCCCCCAGGAAUAUUCAAGAGUUCUUGCUCCAUAGAUGUGCGCUGGUUUCCUUUUGAUGUCCAGAAAUGUAAAUUGAAGUUUGGAUCCUGGACUUACGGUGGAUGGUCUUUGGAUUUGCAAAUGCAAGAAGCAGAAAUAUCUGGAUACAUUUCAAAUGGCGAGUGGGAUUUAGUCGGUGUUCCCGGGAAAAGAACCGAAUCUUUCUAUGACUGUUGCAAAGAGCCUUAUCCAGAUGUGACCUUUACGGUGACGAUGCGACGGAGGACUCUGUAUUAUGGGCUCAAUCUUCUCAUCCCCUGUGUGCUGAUCUCAGCUCUUGCCCUUCUCGUUUUCCUGCUUCCAGCCGACUCUGGGGAGAAGAUUUCACUCGGAAUCACCGUUUUACUCUCCCUCACAGUGUUUAUGCUCCUGGUGGCCGAAAUUAUGCCAGCGACAUCUGAUUCAGUGCCAUUAAUAGCACAGUAUUUUGCAAGCACCAUGAUUAUUGUCGGACUUUCAGUUGUGGUUACCGUGAUCGUUUUGCAGUAUCACCACCAUGAUCCAGAUGGGGGGAAAAUGCCCAAGUGGACCAGAAUCAUCCUUCUCAACUGGUGUGCCUGGUUCCUGAGAAUGAAAAGACCAGGGGAGGACAAAGUGCGACCAGCAUGCCAGCAUAAACAGCGUCGAUGCAGUAUGUCCAGCAUAGAUGUAAACACUGUGAGUGGGCAGCAAUCCAGUAAUGGGAAUAUGCUCUACAUAGGCUUCAGAGGCCUGGAAGGUGUCCAUUGCACCCCUACCACUGAUUCCGGUGUGAUCUGUGGGAGAAUGACUUGCUCCCCGACUGACGAAGACAACCUCCUUCACAGUGGACAUCCGUCUGAAACUGACCCAGAACUGGCAAAGAUCCUAGAGGAGGUCCGAUAUAUUGCCAACCGGUUCCGAGACCAGGAUGAGGCAGAAGCCAUUUGCAAUGAAUGGAAGUUUGCUGCUUCUGUUGUGGACCGCCUCUGUUUGAUGGCUUUUUCGGUCUUCACAAUAAUUUGUACCAUUGGCAUCUUAAUGUCGGCCCCCAAUUUUGUAGAGGCUGUUUCUAAAGAUUUUGCUUGACCUGCACUUGUGGACUUGCAAAAAAAGUUUUUUUUAUGUUGGCAAUCUAUUAAAAUAUGUUAAGUAGCAAUAGCAUAUUCAGUGCACUUGGCUUAUAUAGGAUGAUUGGAUGCAAACUUCUUUUGGGAGGUACAGUCUAAGAAACGGACAGUAUCAGUGUUAAUAGCCUUGGCAACUGCUGGGGGCUUCUGUAUACUGCACCAUCUCCCCAAUUUACCAAAUCUGGUGCCCAGAAUAAAUUAUUUAAGUCUA